ACCUUUGCCAGCCCUGACUUUUCAAUAUGCCAGCCUACCCCCAACACUUCUCCUUCGGCAUUGAAAUGGAGCUCUACCUCAAGCCGAAGUCUCAAUCGAUAAUAGAUACACUGCAGACGCUUGGAUUUAAUCCCAAAGACACAAACCAGACCAAGCAGGAACGUAUUUUUCGCCAGGCCAUGGCUACAGAAUUAUCUGACCGGGGUAUCCCAACCGGAAUCGACAAAAAUAGUGUGUACGAUACGUGGACGAUAGCCCACGAGGCAGCUCUUGACCACAUUGGAGGUGGUUACUGUAAGUUUGCAACGUAUCACCAGCAAGAGAUACAAAUAAUUAUUGACAAAUUGUUCCAAAUAUAGGGCCUUGCGAGUUGAUUUCCCCCGUCUUCUAUACACAUGAUGAUGAUUGGGUAGUAUCAAUCAAUUACCUUUUUGCAAAUUUGCUUGGACAUUGCGACGUGCACCUUACCAAAGGCUGCGCAACGCAUGUCCAUGUCGCCCCUGCUGGCGGAAAGUAUACACUUUCCCAGG